UGGUGACCGGUUAUAGAAUUGAUAGCUCGUUUUUAACAAGCCCCCAAGGAGAGCUUUUGAAAUCGAGUCCUGGCGCCAUUUCAACUCCUCAGUCCCAUCACAAACCCACCAAUACAAAAAUCAAUAUCUUCACAACCCUUACCAUUUCAAGAUUUGGAACCACAACUACAUAAAUUGGAAUGAAAAAAUUCUUUGGAAAAGACCCAAAACCCUAAGUUAGAACAAGUGUUGUUGUCUUUGAAGAAACAAAGAUGGAGAUUCAAAGGAAAUUGGUCGUAUGUCCGGAGAACGAUGAGUUAGCAGAGUACAUGAUGAACAAGAUGCAGGAAAUGGCUCAAAGCCCCGAAGGGAUUUCCGAGAAUAUAUCCAUGAUUCUUCAAAAAGCCUAUACUAAUCUGUGCAAGUCCAAAACCCCAAUUGAGACUCUCAAACAGUUUUCUCAGGUCAAGGGUGUUGGAAAAUGGUUGUUGAGGUUAAUGAAAGGUUUUUUUGAAGCUGAUGAUCGUGGCGCUUCGUCAUCCGAGGAGAGUGAGGACUUUACUGAGAAAGGGAAGAAAAAUAAGAGAACAAAGCGUUACAUGCCUCAGAAGAAUUCUGUGGCUUAUGCCUUAUUGAUCACGCUGUACAGGAGUACAACAGACGGUGAACAAUUUAUGCAUAAGCAGGAGCUUAUUGAUGCUGCUGAAGCAAGUGGUCUAUCUCGUGCACCUAUUGGACCUGAGAAAGGGAAAGAAAAACCUGGACAAUUUAGCUCACCAAGGGACUGGUACAGCGGAUGGAGCUGCAUGGGGAACUUAAUAUGCAAAGGGCUUGUUGCUAAGUCGAGCUGCCCUGCAAAAUAUAUGCUGACGGAAGAAGGCAAAGAGAUUGCGCAGGAGUGUCUUUUGAAGUCAGGAAUUGUUGAUUCCAAAGAAAUAUCGGCAUCUUUGACGGGAUUUUCGAAAUUGAAUAACAAGGAAAUGCCAUAUAAGGCGACAACUAGCAACUUAUCGAAUAUGGAAGUUCGGCAUACUACUCCAGUGAGAAAAAGGGCAGUGCCAUCAUCUCAAUCAUCUGACGAAGUUAGAGAGAGGACACUGCCAGUAUCUCAAUCGACUGGCAAAAAGAAAAUGAAUGUCAUUCCAUCUGAAUCUCUUGACAGGUUUGUUCAAAUGGGAUUCUCCGAGGAACAAGUAAUUCAGGCUUACGAUGAAGUGUUAGAAACAUCAGAGAACAAAGAUAUAUCGUCCAUCUGGCCAUCUGUUCUGUGUCGUCUUCGAGAAGAUCAAGUUUAUGGUCAAGUUGGUAGUAUUAGAAUUGAAGACAGGCAAUCUGAGUCUACUUGCAAUGGAACAGUAAACAGUGCAAAGCCUUCUCGUACUGCUGAUUUUGCACAUUGUUCAAAUGCUUUGAAAGCCUGUUCAUCCACUCUUGUUGAUGAGCAAUUACCAUGUCUGGAAACUAGAUCCAAUCUCUUGGCGGUGCCACCAUUGGCUAAUGGAGAGCAAUUUAAAGAUGUUUAUGAAGUAGUUUUGAUAUUAGAUGAUCGGGAACAGUUUACUUCUCGAGGGUCACGAUCCAGGAAGAUAAUUGAGAACAUCAGCACACAAUUUAAAAUUAAGAUAGAUGUUAGGCGCUUGCCUGUUGGUGAUGCAAUCUGGAUUGCUCGCAACAAAUUUAUUGGUACUGAAUAUGUUCUUGACUUCAUUGUGGAGAGGAAGAACGUUGAAGAUUUGCAAAGUUCAAUCAGGGAUAACCGGUAUAGAGAUCAGAAGCUGCGGCUUUUGAGAUGUGGACUCAAGAAGCUGAUAUAUGUCAUUGAAGGAGAUCCUAAUGCUUGUGCUGCCACCGAAAGCAUCAAAACAGCUUGUUUCACAACCGAGAUCUUGGAGGGCUUUGAUGUGCAAAGAACAAGUGGUUUGGGAGAGACGUUGAGAAAGUAUGGCUAUCUUACUCAAGCAAUCAAUCAGUACCACAGAUGCAUGGAUAGCGAGCUGCCUAAUUCCAGGCUUUGCCCCCGGUUUAAAGAAUUUAUCAGGAAGUGUGAAGAUCUUGACAAAAUGACAGUUAGUGAUGUGUUUGCUGUCCAACUAAUGCAGGUCCCACAGGUGACAGAGGAAGCUGCUAUUGCUGUUCUUGAUGUGUAUCCAACACUUUCAUCUCUUGCUCGUGCUUGAUGGUGAUGUUCGUGCACAAGAGGAAAUGCUCAAAGAGCAGAGCAACAACUUAGUGAAUUCAGUUGCUAGCAAAAACAUUUUUCAUCUGGUUUGGAGCAGCUGAAUUCUGUCGCUCAAAGAUAAAUUGAUAGUGCAUUACAGGAUUUCUAGUGUUUUGUGUAUAUACACGAAAAAGCCCCAUCUUCUGGCUGAUAUCUUGUAUACAGAUGAUAAUGGCUACUUUCUAAUUUGGUUAGAUUUAUCAUUCAAGCUAGCUUUUAGUGUGACUUGCUGGGAUUACUAAUCAGUGCAGGUAAAUCGAAGUAGUCCUUACUGUCAUGGUUUUUCUUGGUCUUACUGUAUCUGGCUUGUCUUCAUUUUUUUGUUGAAGAAUUAGGGUGAGUUCAAGAAUGGAAAGUUUGAUAUUCAUACUAA